AUGACGCUUUCGCCGAACGGCAAGCUCGCCAUCGCCUAUCUUGGCGACGGCUUGUUGCGCGUGCAGACCCUGGAGCCAAACAAGGACCCGACCGAUAUCCUGCUUUCGAGCAACACGAUCGCGGAAAGCCCUGACUACGGCCCCGACGGAGAGACGCCGGAAGGCUAUUACAGCUUUUCCAACGCCCUGAUCGGUACACUCUCGGCGGUCGAUGCCAAUGCCACCGAUAGCUUCACCUACGAACUGGUGAACGAUGCCGGCGGCGCACUCCGUCUCGAAGGCACGCAGUUGCGUUGGUCCUGGUCAUCGACUCAUCGACCGGAUUACGAGACGCAAUCCAGCUACGGUAUCCAGGUGAAGGUGACCGACAGCGCUGGUCGGAGCUUCAUCAAAGACCUCGAUAUCGACGUGACCGACGUGAACGAGGCGGUGACGGGCUAUACGGCGGUCUAUGCCUCGGGAAUGGGCUAUGGCUCCAUUGAGGAGAACACGGCCCCCGACGCGCUGAUCGCCACGCUUUCCGGCAUCGAUCCCGACGUAGACGAAACCUUCACCUUCGCGCUGCUGAAUGGCGGCGGCCUGCCCUUCGAAUUCGCAGGCAAUCAACUCAAGCUCACCGGCCCGGUCGAUGCCGAGGUUCAAUCCUAUUAUGAUCUCACCGUCCGCAUCAUGGAUUCGGCCGGUCAUACCGUCGAUCGCUCUCUUUAUUUGUCCGUGGCCGAUAUCGACGAUGCCGCCCCAACCGAUAUCCAGCUGGACGACCUCCUCUGGUACAACGGCCCACUUGACGAGAUCGCGGAGAAUACACCGACUGGAACCCUGAUCGGCUAUGUGAAUGCGACUGACCCGGACAGUUACGCAUAUCGAGGCGAUUUCACCUUCU